AAAAAAUAAAAAAUAAAGGUUGCGUAAAAGGGUGUUGGGUCCGGGUCUACUAUACAAAUGUAAUUGAAUGCUUCACACUGCGGAACUUAGAUUAUCAAACCUUUCCUCUCAACCGGUGCACAAUGUGUGUAACACAGGAAGCUACAGCAGUAGAUAUUUACCGCAUUAUCUUCCAAUGGGCUGACAUAAACAUACAAAGAUGUUGUUGAAGGAUAUACCCCGGGACGCCCUGUUGCGACCUCUGACCCGAAACGAGGUGGUGGGGAUGGUGGUGCGUCUGACCAUAUUUGGGGCUGCUACCUAUUUCAGUAUCAAAUGGGUGGUCGAAGCACUGGACCCUACCCACAAGCAGAAGCUUCAAGCAAAGAAAAGGGCAGAGCAGCUGUUGAAACAGAUUGGGGUGGAAGGGGUCAAGUUGACAGAAUAUGAGAUGAACAUUGCUUCACACCUGGUGGAUCCACGCAGCAUGAAGGUGACCUGGCGGGACAUUGCAGGGCUGGAUGAAGUCAUUACCGAGCUGCAGGACACAGUCAUCCUGCCAUUCCAGAAACGUCAUCUGUUCACUGGCUCCAAGCUCUUUCAGCCUCCAAAAGGGGUGCUUUUGUAUGGGCCACCAGGCUGUGGAAAAACCCUCAUCGCCAAGGCAACUGCCAAGGCCUCCGGGUGCCAGUUCAUCAACCUGCAGGCCUCCACAUUGACAGACAAGUGGUAUGGCGAAUCGCAGAAGUUCACUGCCGCUGUCUUUUCGUUGGCUGUUAAGAUCCAGCCCUGCAUCAUCUUCAUAGAUGAGAUUGACUCGUUCCUGCGAAACCGCUCCAGUAUGGACCACGAGGCUACAGCCAUGAUGAAGGCCCAGUUCAUGAGCCUGUGGGAUGGUUUGGAUACUGGUGAAGACAGCCAGGUGAUGGUAAUGGGAGCCACAAACAGACCUCAGGAUGUGGACCCGGCAAUAAUGCGAAGGAUGCCCACCACUUUUCACGUUCGCCUGCCGAUCCAGAAACAGAGACAGGACAUCCUGAAGCUGAUACUGGCAGGAGAGAAUCUCAGCAACGCCAUCAACCUGAAGGAGAUCGCGGAGAAGACGGAGGGCUACUCAGGCAGCGACCUCCGAGAGCUGUGCCGCGAUGCGGCCAUGUACCGCGUGCGCGACUACGUGCGCAAGCAGCAGAUGAAGCAGAUAGCGCAGCAGCUGCAGGAGUCCGACGACGACGAGAGGCCAGUGGAUGAGGACCGGUUGAGGCCCGUCACCCAGCUGGACCUGCUGUUCGGCCUGGACAAGAUGAACGAGUCCAAGCAGGCGAUGGUGUGCCAGAGUCCCCUGAGGGAGGUGCCCCUGGAUUAAGCCCCUCCUCAAUCUGCCAGGCCCGCCCUCCCCCGCAGCAUGGCCCCUGGAACCCGUGGUCAGAGGCCAGUGACAUCAUGACAUCACAGCACAAAGAGAGAAAGCGCAGUUCUUCUGCUUACAAAGAGGCAAGCCAUCUACUGUGGGGAAAGUGGGGUAGCUCUGUGUGCGUUUUGUCACUGUAACCACGGAAUAUGCUGGCAUUUGGAAGGAAUUGCCACAUGUGGAUUGCAUCCAAUGAUGGUACAGACCCAUGAUCUUUUACUUGAAAGGUUUGAUAGAAUGCCUGUCCAGGUUUGCUGCUGGCAAACAUCAUUUGAUACCUGCAGGAAAGGAACAAUUAAGUUCUUUUUUUUUUUUUUUUUUGCCUUUUUUAUUUGCAUAGUAAGUUUCAUUGGAAAUUAUAAUUUUAUGAGUAGGCCUAUAUACACCCAGUGACCAAUCAUUUGGUAUGUAUUAGACUUAUUGGUCUUCUGCUGCUGUAGCCCAUCCAUUUUAAUGUUCCAGAUAUGCUAUUCUGCAAAUGACUGUUGAGUCACUGUCGCCUUCCUGCCAGUCUGGCCGUUCUCCUAUGACCUCUUUAACAUGUUGUUUUCACCCACAGAAGUUGUUUUUGCACUAUUCUCUGUAAACUCCAUGAUCGUUUGUGAAAAUCCCAGGAGAUAAGCAGUUUCUGAAAUUCUCAAACCACCCCGUCUGGCAUUCCUCUGUCAAAGUCGCUUAGAUCACAUUUCUUCCCCUUUAUGAUAUUUGGUUUGAACAAAACUGAACUUCUUGAUCAUGUCUGCAUGCUUUUAUGCACUGUUGCUGCUAUAUGAUUGGCUGAUUAGAUAUUUGCAUUAAUGAGCUGGUGUACGUACAGGUCUACCCAAUAAAGUGGUCACUUAGUGUACCGUAUGUACACACACACACACACACACACACACACCGGGACAUAUAUUUCUCAGCACUCAUUGCUGCAUAUCUCGGUAGAGCUUGACAGACAUUGGGCUCUUCUCUGAAACACACGGUGUCAGCCUACACUUCUUAUCACACCCCCCCAGUUUCCAAGUCAACAGGCGGACUUGUGGGCAACCGAUCUACCAGUGGGGAUCGCUUGCGAGUGAUGAGACACUGCAGUCUUUGCCAAUCAAAUCUCUCGUAUGCCGGGGCGAAACAAGAGCCAGUUUUCUGUCUGCCAGCCAUAGUUAGAGUUGGCAUGUUGUGGAUCUGAUACCAGGCCGUGGAGUCCAUCCAUGCAGGAGAACAAAUGUCACCCAGCACCCUAAUUUAUAGCAGUUUUAAAAAUGGUUUUAAUUUCUUUGGAUAUUAUCCAAUGCUGUCACAGAGUUCAUUAAAGGAAAAUAAGUAUUAAAGUAUAGUACUCCCAUCAAGUUGAGGUAUUUUGCGAUUUUCCGUUAUCAGCUGAUGUCAUAAGUGUAUUUAUGUACUGUACUUUUCCCUCUCAGCUUGGCUGAAUCCAGUUCAUUUUUGGCAGUCUUUGUAAAAUCUUCCCUAUUACAGUGAUGAUUAGUCAUGUAUUUCUUUUUUGUGUAUUCUGUUAUUUGGCCGCGAUAAUGAAAAUGAUUCAGCCUCUUGGUUUAUCCUCAUAUUUGGUGUCAACAUAUUUCUGAACUUGCUAUAUUAUUUAUAUUUUCCACGCAAGAGUGCCAUUUCUUGAAACUUCAUGCAAUGGAAAAAGUUAUCCAAGUUUAGGCAAGCCAACAGCGUUCUGAAUAAAGCUAGCUCAGUAAAUUAGUCUGCGUUUCGUACACAAGUGGUUCCGUGUCAGAAAAUGUACCUGAACUGAUCCCCACAGUUAAUUUCUGAAAUGAGUUGCUGCUGCAUGUUACAUUGGUGUAUGGAACCCAUCAAACCAAUCAGCUGACAAACAGAAAAGUAGCACAAUCCUUUCUAGCUGCUGUAGCGAGAGAAUUCAUUAUUUUCUUACUGUAGGCGGUUCUGUUGUGUUGGCUGGAUUUUGUGGAAAUGCAAAGAGAAAUCGCACCAUUUUGCCCUCAUGACUGGAAUAUAAUUUAUUGCAUUAUGCAUUAUGCUUGUAUUUGACCUAGAUCUUGAAUUGCGAUGCUAUGUUGUCUUUUUCCAUCCCAGCAAUAGGGAAAAGAGGUUUUUCACUGUGCCCGCCCGCUUUCAGGAGCAGUGUUGGUCUAUCACAAUCCCCACAUUUAAUUACAUUCAACAUUGGGGACUAAUUAGCAACAAGGACCCUGGACACCUUGAGAAGCUGCUGUUGUAGUCCUCAUGGUGUGCAAUACUGCACAUAAUGGCAGGGGCCGUGGUAUCUAAGAUACUACAUGGAUAUUGAUUUGUUGUAGUAUCAUAAUCAAGUUUUCAAUUAAUAAGCACUAUCUGGUAGAAGAGUAAUUCUUUUUGAGCUAUUUUACAAAUAUUGCACUUUUAAAUUAUGUGUACAUGUAUGUUGUUGUUUUUUUGUUUUUUUUUCUUUGAAUUGAAUUGAAUGUGUCUCCUGUUUCACCUACAAUCAGUUACUUGAACUGUGGAGCCAACCCUUCGCACAAACACAUCAUGAAUAGCUGUCUGCAUGCGCUGUUGCAUUGAAGGCCAAAACUAUAUGUAACAUUACAAGGGAACAUUUUAUUUUUCACAAAUGUCAAUCCAGUCUGUGAAUGUAUUUUUAGUGUGUUUCUUUCAGUGAUCAGCCUCUGUUUCAUGUGUAAUAUUUGUACCAUGAUGUUGUUAGAUCUGACAAGGGCAUAUCAUUGAUACUGAUACUGUAAGUAUUUAUGUCUAUUAGUUCUGUCACAGAAGCUAGUGGUUGAUCUUUUACAGGAGUAUAAGUGCAUUAUUCUUUCCGACACUAAGCACAGGUUAAUCUUGAUGGGGCAUUGAGUAUGUGGCGUGCAAUAACACUACAAAUAUUGUUUUUUUAUGUGGCUACCCUAGUCCUUUGAGAAAAUAAAACCAAUGGAAAGUA